UAAUCAUCAUAUUUUAUGGUUUAGUUGUAGCUGAAAGAUCAUUGACUGUCCUCGUUAAGGGCGGAAAACAGUAAAGUUAAUAGUGUACGUUUAGCCUAUAAGAUAACGUCUUUAUGACGCUCACUUUAUUACUGCUGUGAGAAACAUCUCCAUAACGCCUUUCUAAAGGCUUGCAGCUCUAAUUAGCUCAAUGACCCUUGUGCCUUUAAUUAAAGGAUAGAACCACAGUCACGUAGUCAUGAUUAAUCUCAUGGGUGUACUGCUCUUCAUCUUGUGUUCGAACAAGUAUAACGAUUACUGUUUUUUUUUCCUGGAUUGCCGUCUAAAAUGUUUUUUGAAGAUGGCUUUAUCAAAACUACCCAGGGAAUACCUGUAAAUGAAUAGAUCCCUUAAUGUUGCAUACUUUAAAAUGGUUAUUUAAAAAAAGUUUUUAAAAGGUUUUAUUGAACCUUUUCAUUAUACAUCCAUACGGUUUAUAUUUUAUAAUAAAUCGCAUAAUACAAACAGAAUAUGUCUCUUUCGCCAAGUGUAAAAAUAAAUGUUUAAUUUGAUGUUUCUCAUAUGACCGGUAGAGGGCGUUAGUGUAUCAACAAUGUGAAGCGAGUAGGGGAGCCAGCCUAUUCAAGUUAAGCCCAAAUAGUACAACUUUAGUAUUGUUACUUGGUAGAAAGAGUAUGAUUUAUUCAUGUUAUUUAUUCAUUAUUAUUUUUGCUUCAUACGUAGUAUCAUGUAUAGCAUUAUUUGGGAACAAUAACAUGUGAAAAAAUUUGAUCCUCCCCUUUAGUAAUUCUGAUUAUAUUUAUAAAUGCAAUGUCUGUCGCAGACACAAUUAUUAAAUAUACCACAAAAUUUGUAAUUUUUUUCAUAGUUAUUUUUUUCACUCCUGCAUAUUAUUGAGACAAGUUUACAUUGUGUGUUACAACGUUUUCAUUAUUUUUGUGUGAUACUUGGGUAGUUUCAGUACAAAUGCAUCACGUCUUGCAACUUAUCGUCCUGCUCCAAUCAGAGAACAGCGACUCUGUUGAAGGGAUCAAUUUGCUUUCUUCGCUGAGUCGAGGGCCGGUACUGUAACACCUCGGCUGGUACCUCCUUCUAACUUCGGGUAGAAGCAAAGAGACACGGAGGCGCAGGGACAGCAUCUCUGCUCCGAACCAGUGGGCUUUUCCUCUGCGAGGGUUUUGCUCGCUUCUUUUAAACCAAAUGUCUUUCUCGUUGCCUCGACGCAUCUCUUGAGAUUAAAAAGCGGAGAGCCAUUUUAGAUAAACGGGCAGAUAUCCCAGAUCGGUGGCCAGAAAAUGGGCAGUGUACCUUUGCGUUUGUGUACGCUGGUGUUGCUCCUUGUUUUGUCAGCUGCCCAGGAGUCCAACGACGGGGGGACAAAGGAGGACAUCCCUGAAGGAGCUUCAACCUUGGCCUUCGUCUUUGAUGUCACCGGUUCCAUGUACGACGAUCUGGUGCAAGUAAUAGAGGGAGCAUCUAAGAUUCUGGAGACGUCGCUUAACAGACCGAAAAAAACUCUGUACAACUUCGCCUUGGUCCCCUUCCAUGACCCAGAGAUCGGACCAGUUACCAUCACCACUGACCCGAAGAAGUUCCAGUAUGAGCUCAGGGAACUUUAUGUUCAGGGAGGAGGAGAUUGUCCAGAGAUGAGCAUCGGAGCAAUAAAAAUAGCUCUGGAGAUCUCUUUACCUGGAUCCUUCAUCUACGUCUUCACAGAUGCCCGAUCCAAAGACUAUAAGCUGACACAUGAAGUUCUACAGCUCAUUCAGCAAAAGCAGUCCCAGGUUGUGUUCGUGCUCACCGGUGACUGUGAUGAUCGAGCACACAUUGGCUACAAAGUCUAUGAAGAGAUCGCCUCAACCAGCUCUGGUCAGGUCUUUCACCUGGAUAAGAAGCAGGUCAAUGAGGUGCUGAAGUGGGUAGAGGAGGCUGUGCAAUCCUCAAAGGUCCACCUGUUGUCCACAGACCAUCAGUCCGGGGUGACCAACACAUGGCAGAUCCCGUUUGACCCCAGUCUGAAGGAGGUCACAGUGGCCCUGAGCGGCCCGGCACCUAACAUCGAGAUCCGGGAUCCACAGGGGAGACUCCUAGAGAAGAGUAGGAGUCUAAAUGAACUCCUGCAUAUCCCCAACUCUGCCAAGGUUCUCAACGUCAAGGACCCCGAACCAGGAAUGUGGUCAAUAAAGACGUCCAGUGAGGGGAGACACUCUGUUCGAAUCUCAGGGCUUAGCACCAUUGACUUCCGUGCUGGCUUCUCCAGAAAACCCACUCUGGACUUCAAAAUGACUUCAAGCCGGCCUGUAAAAGGCAUUCCCACCUACAUCCUGUUGAAUACCACCGGAAUAUCACCCCCAGCACGAGCCGACCGCCUGGAGUUCCUUAGCAUCGCCGGUGGGGUGAUGAAGACCCUACCCAUUCCAUACUACCCUAAUCGUGAGCCCUUUGGCAUUUGGAACAUCACUGAGAUCCUCCCCCCAGAAGAAGCCUUCUUCCUCAGGGUCACAGGCUACGACAAAGAUGGCUUUCUCUUUCAGCGGGUUUCCAGCGUGUCGUUUUCCAGUAUUGUCCCAGAUACGCCCAAGGUGACGAUGCCACGGCAAACCCCAGGUUAUUAUCUACGAAAAGGCCGUAUCUCCUGCCAGGUGGAGAGCCUCAUUCCCUUCACGCUGCGGUUCAGCCGAGAUGGCGUCAGACUUGGGGAGGACCAGCUCUUUCGGGAAUCAUCAAACGCCUCGUUUGAGAUUGAGCGAGUGACCUUGGAGGAUGAGGGACACUAUGAAUGCAUUGCCAUAAACAGCGCUGGUACGGGUCGGGCUCAGACCUUCCUAGAUGUCUCAGAACCACCUCCCACGAUCACUGUCCCCGGCAACGUGACAGUAUCCCCGGGCUCCCGGGCCGUCCUCACCUGCCUGGUGACCAGCACAGUCCGGUUCAACCUCACCUGGCAGCGCGGCGGCCUGGAUGCCCACCUGGAGCCGCGAGUACGCACCAUGAGCAACCUUUCCCUGGAGAUCUACAGGGUGACGAUUGACGAUAUCGGCUGGUAUCGCUGCAUUGCUGCGAAUGAGGGUGGGGCGUCUUCCUCCUCCGUCUACCUCGCCGUACAAGAUCCUCCGCAAGUGAGAGUGGAACCCCGCAAUCAGACGUUCCUGACAGGGAGAGAGGUCCGUGUCCGGUGCUCUGCUAAAGGCUACCCAGCCCCCCGCAUAGUGUGGACCCACAAUGACAUUUUCAUCACGAGCUCUAGCAGGCACCGCAUGACUCCAGAUGGGACCUUGAUUAUCAAAAGCACAGUUCAGAAGGAUGCUGGAUCUUAUGGCUGUCUGGCCAGCAACGUUGCUGGGACAGACACACAGACAUCCAUUCUGACAUAUAUUGAGUCUCCUCAAGUCAGAGUGGUACAGAGUGAGACUCUAACUGGUUUGGGGGAAACCACGGUAAUGGAAUGUAUCGCUGUUGGGAUUCCACAUCCAGAGAUCAGGUGGUACAGAGGUGACCUUCAGCUGCGAUCAACCCCAUUUGUAAGAAUAGAGCCUCGCCGAGGCAUUUUGGAGAUCGAGGAAACCCGGGAUACGGAUGCUGGCGACUAUACUUGUGUUGCCACAAACGAAGCAGGAACAGCUGUGGCCAAAGUCACCCUUGAUGUGGGCUCCUCUCCGGAGUUCACACACGAGCCCACGGACAUCUCAGCAGACAUCGGCUCAAACGCCACCUUACAGUGUCGAGCCCAGGGCUACCCUGAACCUCAGAUCAGUUGGCGGAGAGAGGACAACGGUGCCCUCUUCUCCCGGCACCAUACGCACAGUUCCGUCACGCAGAAGAGAAAUGGGGACCUACUCAUCAGCAAUAUUUGGGUGGAAGAUGAGACAAAAUACAUCUGUGAGGCUUACAACCAGUUUGGGAAAAUCCAAGCAAAAGCCUCUCUUACUGUUACUGGACUUGUGUCUCCAGUGAUUGGCAUCAGCCCAGGAACCAUCAAUGUGAUUGAGGAACAGCAAGUGACUCUGCCCUGCAUGCUACUGGCAGGGAACCCAUUACCGGAGAGGCGCUGGUUCCGCAAUGGUGGCUUGGUGCUUCCCAGCCCGUACGUGACCCUGCGGCGGGAUGGCAGUCUGCACAUCGAGCACGUCCGCUUGCAGGAUGGUGGUGAUUAUACCUGCCUGGCACAGAAUGUGGCCGGCACCACCAACCGCACCACCAUCCUUGGCGUCUACGUUUCUCCAAGCAUCCAGCAUGGGCCUCAGGUCUUCAGCACCAUCGAGGGGACGCCCAUCUCGCUCCCAUGCCGCGCCUCUGGCACCCCCAAGCCUGACAUUACCUGGUCCAAGAGAGGUGAGCUGUUGGACCUGAGUAGUGAGCAGUUCUCCUUGGGCCACGACGGCACCCUGUAUAUAGCCUCUCCCACCGGCAAUGAGUCCGGAGAAUUUGUCUGCACUGCCACCAAUCCCGCUGGAUACAGCUCCAGAAAAGUCCAGCUGACUGUGUAUGUGAGGCCUAGAGUCACUGGCCCAAACAGUGGGCCUGACGGCUCUGGUAGGCCGGUGGAGGUGUCGGUGACUGCAGGCGAGGACGCCAUCUUGCCGUGCGAGGUCCAAAGCAUCCCCCCUCCUAUCAUCAACUGGGCCAAGGAGCGGCAGCUCAUCUCCCCCUUUUCCCCCAGGCACACUCAGCUGCCUUCUGGGUCGAUGAAGAUCCUGGAAACCCGGGUGUCGGACAGCGGCACCUACCUGUGCGUUGCCACAAACAUCGCUGGAAACUUCUCUCAGGAAGUAGUGCUGAAUGUCCAUGUUCCCCCGAGGAUUCAGGCCGGCCCCAGGGUGAUGAAGGUCCAAGCUGGGCACCCCGCCGACCUGCCCUGUGUGGUGAAGGGGGUGCCGACUCCUGUGGUCACCUGGCUGAAGGAUGGCGCCGCCCUGCUGGUGGACGGAGGACAGUACGUGAGCCUGCCUGACGGCACCCUCACGAUCACAGAAACGGAGCUGUCGGACUCGGGGAUGUUCACCUGCGUGGCCAGCAGUGUGGCGGGACGUGAUGAGGCGUCCAUCCAGCUGCAGGUCCAAGUCCCCCCGACUGUCGAGGAGUCUGAGCCUCCAUUUAACAGCCCCCUACAGGAAAGAGUGGCCAAUCAACGCAUUGCCUUCCCCUGCCUGGCAAAAGGAACCCCGAAGCCAGUGAUCAAGUGGCUGCGCAACGGUGAGGAGCUGACGGGGAGCGAGCCUGGCGUGUCCAUCCUGGGCGACGGCACGCUGCUCACCCUGGCUUCCGUGUCGCCGCGUGACAGUGCAGAGUACGUGUGCGUGGCGGUCAAUGACGCAGGCACCACUGAAAGGAAGUACCUCCUGAAGGUCAAUGUGCCCCCAGCUGUUAGCGAUAACGAGAGUCCAGCCAACGUGUCAGUGGUGCUCAGCCAGUCCACCAGCCUGAUGUGUGAGAUCACAGGAAGUCCCACGCCUGUUAUCACCUGGUACAAAGAUGGCGUCCCAGUAGCCCCCAGCAGUUCAGUUCAGAUCCUGCAUGGGGGCAGAACUCUGAGGCUCCUGCAGGCAGCCACCUCUGAUGCGGGCCGCUACAGCUGCCGAGCGAUCAAUGUCGCGGGCAGCACCGAGAAAGACUUCAACCUGGAAGUUCUGGUACCUCCCAGCAUAAGCGGCGGCACCAGCCCGCAGGACGUGUCAGCUGUCCUCAAUCAGGAGGUCAGCCUGGAGUGUAGAGUCAAAGGGGAGCCAUUCCCUGAUAUUCAGUGGCUCAAGGACGGCAAACCAGUGUUUCUGGGCGACCCAAACUUCGAGCUGUUGAACCGGGGCCAGGUGCUAAAGAUAAGGAGCCCCCGUCUGGGUGAGCAAGGUCACUACCAGUGUGACGUGACCAACGUGGCGGGAAAGCAGUCCAAGGACUUCAAGUUAAAUGUGUAUGUCCCCCCCAGCAUCAAGGGGGCCAAUGUCACAGCAGAGGUGACCACCCUGCUGAACACCCCUGUGACGCUGGAGUGCGAGGUCCGUGGCGUACCCCUACCUGCCAUCACCUGGUACAAGGACGGGCGAGCCCUCCUCUCGGGCCGCCACGCCAUCUACGUGGACCGGGGACAGUUCCUGAAGAUCCCCCUGGCUCAAGUGGCCGAUGCCGGCCGGUACAUCUGCCGUGCCACCAGUGUCGUUGGGACAGCUGAGAAGUCCUACAAGCUCGAGGUCUAUGUCCCUCCAACUAUAGAGGGGGUCCUGGACACCCCAGCCAAGAGGAAGGUGCUAGCAGGUAGGACUCUGGUGCUAGAGUGUGAGGCAGGUGGACACCCUCCCCCCACAUUGACCUGGCUGAAGGACGGUAUACCUCUGAAGAGCGGGGACAGCGUCAGGGUCCUGCGACAAGGCAGGAAGAUUGAGAUCCCCAGCGCUGCCACGUCAGAUGCAGGGAGAUACGUGUGCGUGGCGACCAGCAUUGCCGGGGAAGAAGAGAUCAAAUACGAUGUCAAUGUUCUAGUGGCACCUUUGGUGGAGGGUGGGGAUCAGACCUCGGACAUCACCGUCAUCGUGAACAAUCCUCUGGAGCUGUCAUGUCAUGCCACUGGGACACCAGCACCCCUCAUCGCCUGGCUGAGGGAUGGCCAACCCAUGAAGCAGGGCCCUGGCAUCAGGAUCACGGCCAAUGGGAGGAAGCUGGUCAUCUCCCAGGCCCAAGCAUCAGAUGCGGGCCGCUUCCGGUGUGUGGCCACGAACGAGGCUGGAGACCAGGGCAAGGACUUCAGCGUGGUCGUGCAUGUGCCGCCAUCGAUUCGCUCUAAUGGACCAGCCGAUCGCUCCGUGAUCCUCCACAAGUCCAUCAUCCUACAGUGCCUGGCUAACGGCAUCCCCACUCCCACCAUCACCUGGUUGAAAGACGGCCUCCCCGUGACCAGCACCCCGGGGCACCUGAAGCUGGAGUCAGCGGGCCGAGUGCUGGAGAUUGUGAAGGCUGUCCUGGAGGAUUCUGGGAGGUACACUUGUGUGGCCACCAAUGCCGCCGGAGAGACUCAGCAGCACAUCAGGCUCAGUGUCCACGAACCGCCCAUGAUCCCCCGAGGUGGACAGACAGUGAACGAGACGGUACUCGCUGGGUAUCCCAUUCAGCUGCAGUGCAAGGCUCUAGGAAAUCCCCUGCCAGCCAUCACAUGGUACAAGGACGGCCGGCCGUUGACCAGCAUGGUUGGAGUGACCCUCGUGAACCGCGGCCAGGUGCUGGAGAUUGACGACGCCCAGAUGUCGGAUGCGGGUCUAUACAGGUGCAUGGCAGUCAGCCUGGCGGGAACCGCAGACCUCUUCUACCACCUCCAGGUGUACGUGCCCCCCUCCAUCACCAGCAGCAGUGGCACGGUCACCGUGGUCGUCAAUGAGCCCGUCCGCCUUGAGUGUGAAGCGAGCGGCCUGCCCACACCAAGCCUCACCUGGCUCAAGGAUCACAGUCCCGUUUCCAGCUUCUCAGAUGGUGUGCAGGUGCUCUUUGGGGGGCGGGUUCUGACCAUCAGCAGUGCUCAGGUGACUGAUGCCGGGCAAUAUACUUGUGUGGCCAUGAACGCGGGCGGUGAACAGCAAAGGGAGUUUGAUCUUCGUGUCUAUGUCCCGCCCAACAUCAUGGGGGAGGAAAUGAAUGUCACUGUGUUGAUGGGGCAGCCCGUGGAGCUGCUGUGCCAGAGCGAUGCCAUCCCUCCGCCCACACUGUCCUGGCGUAAGGACAGGCGGCCACUGUUCAGGAAGCCGGGUCUUAGGGUGUCCGAAGACGGAAGCAUGUUGAAGAUUGACAGCUCUCAAGUUCAAGAUACUGGCAGAUAUACCUGUGAAGCCACUAAUGUAGCUGGGAAGACAGAGAAGCAUUACAACUUGAAUGUAUGGGUACCUCCUAGCAUUCGCGGGUCGGACGAAGUGUCCCACCUGACUGUGACUGAAGGCAGCCUGAUGAUUCUGGUGUGUGAGUCCAGCGGCAUUCCUCCUCCCAGCCUCACCUGGAAGAAAGAUGGUGCCGAGCUGCGGACUGACUCGCGAAGCCGGGUUCGCAUACUGUCCGGGGGUCGGCAGCUGCAGAUCUCCACUGCUGAGAGGACUGAUUCUGCUUCCUACACUUGCACAGCUUCCAGCGUGGCUGGUAACACCACAAAGGAGUACAGCCUUCAAGUCUACGUUCGCCCUUCCAUCAGAAACAGCGGGAGGCAGCCCAGUGACGUGACAGUGACACGAGGAAACAGCAUCACCCUCCAGUGCGAGGCCGACGGGGUCCCCCGCCCCGCACUGACGUGGCUGAAGGACGGACGCCCCCUGGUGAGCGGUAGGGGGGUCACCAUCCUCAAUGAAGGUCGGCUACUGCAGAUCAAGGACUCCAAGGUGUCAGACACAGGACGCUAUGUGUGUGUAUCCGUCAAUCUGGCAGGACAGGCGGACAGCAAGCACAACGUCAAUGUGCACGUACCUCCCAGCAUCAGUGGGCAGACUGAAGUACCUGAGAACGUGAGUGUGGUUGUGAAGAACCCCGUGGCUCUGUCAUGUGAGGCCUCAGGGAUCCCCCUCCCAGCCAUAACCUGGCUGAAGGAUGGACAACCUAUCAGUGUGUCCGGCUCUGUCAGAGUCAUCUCAGGUGGACGGACCUUGAGGUUGAUACAUGCUGCUGUGGAAGAUGCUGGGAGAUACACUUGUGUCGUAUCCAACACUGCUGGGGAAGAACGGAAGAACUUUGACCUUGAGAUUCUUGUACCGCCAAGCAUUACAGAUGACGGGUCCAUCAGUGACAUCAAAGUGAAAGAAAAUCAAAAUGUGACACUGACAUGUGAGGUCACAGGUAACCCCAUGCCAGAGAUAAACUGGCUGAAGAAUAGGGAGCCACUGGUGGAGGACCAGCAGCACCAGGUGCUGUCCAGUGGGCGUUACUUGCAGAUCUCCAAUGUCCAGGUGGCCAACACGGGCAUGUACAGCUGCCUGGCCUCCAACACAGCUGGAGACCGGAGCAAGCACUUCAAUCUCAACGUUCUGGUGUCCCCCACAAUCCCAGGGGCCGGUCCAGAUGGGUCUGCUGAGGAAGUAACUGUAACCCUCAACAGUCCCACCUCCCUGGUGUGUGAGGCACAGAGUUACCCACCUGCAAUCAUCACCUGGUUAAAGGACGGCACCCCCUUCGAGUCAAACCGCAAUGUGCGGGUCCUGCCAGGUGGACGGACUCUGCAGAUCCUCAAUGCCAAGGAGGAGGAUGCUGGUCGGUAUACCUGCGUGGCCACCAAUGAAGCCGGAGAAACCCUGAAGAACUAUGAGGUCAAGGUGUACCUUCCCCCGGUCAUCAGCAAAAACCAUGACACAGAGGGCUUCUCCCAGAAGGAGGUGAAGAUCAAGGUCAACAACACCUUGACCCUGGAGUGUGAGGCCCAAGCCGUUCCCAUCCCCAAACUCACAUGGUAUAAGGACGGACAGCUCCUUAUAGCAGACCAUCAUGUGACCAUUUCUACCAAUGGGCGUGUAGUCCAGAUAAAACACGCCCAGGUGUCUGACACGGGACGGUACACCUGCGUGGCCACCAAUAUCGCUGGGGAGGACGAGAAGGACUUUGAUGUAAAUAUACAAGUUCCUCCGAGUUUCCAGAGACCUGGCGGAGCAGGAAACAAGUCCUCACCAAUCACUGAGACCCGAGACGUGGUUCAGAACAACGCCAUCUUAUUGUACUGCGAGACCAAUGCAGUUCCCCCACCGAUGCUGACGUGGUACAAGGACGGCAGGGCACUGGCCUCAAGCGACAGAGUGCUGAUCCUGCCGGGGGGACGUGUUUUACAGAUCCCCCGGGCUCAAGCAGAGGAUUCUGGGAGGUACUCGUGCGUGGCGAUCAACGAAGCUGGAGAGGACUCCAUCCAAUACGAUGUCAGGGUGCUGCUUCCUCCUUCGAUCAGAGGUGCCGAUAUGGACCUCCCUGAAGAGAUAACCCUGCUGGUUAACAAAACGGCGGCGCUGGAGUGUCAUGUGGAUGGCCACCCCGCCCCAAAGAUCACAUGGCUCAAGGACAGCCAACCGCUGAUCGCCAAUGGCAACCACCAGCUGCUGUCCAAUGGGAGGACUCUGCAGGUGUUGAACGCCCGCAUUACAGACACGGGCCGGUACACCUGCGUGGCCGAGAACGUGGCCGGCAGUGCGGAGAAGUCAUUCAACCUUAACGUUCAUGUGCCCCCUUCCGUCAUCGGAGUGGACUUUGAAAACUUGACGGUGGUGGUGAACAACUUCAUCUCGUUGACCUGCGAGGUCACCGGAUUCCCACCGCCCACCCUCAGCUGGCUGAAGGACAGGGAGCCAGUCCAGGGAAACACCAAUGCCCUCAUUAUGCCAGGGGGGCGCAUCCUGCAGCUCUUGCGAGCAAAGAUAUCUGAUGGUGGGAAGUAUCGUUGUGUGGCCAUGAAUCCUGCAGGAGAGGCCCAGAAGCUCAUCUCCCUCAUGGUCUUUGUGCCCCCCAGCAUCAGGGACAGCAGCGGCGAGCAGCCGGUACAGGUGAGCGUGAGGGUGGGGAACUCGGUGACUCUGGAGUGUGAGUCCAAUGCUGUGCCACCGCCCACCAUCACAUGGUACAAGAACGGGAGGAUGGUUACAGAGUCAGGGAACCUCCAGAUCCUAGCAGGUGGACAGAUGCUGGAGAUCAAGGGUGCUGAGGUAUCUGACACGGGCCAAUACGUCUGCAAGGCUGUUAAUGUCGCAGGGCAGGUGGACAAGAACUUUCAUUUGAACAUUUAUGUCCCACCCAGCAUUGACCACCCUGAGGAUGAGCGAGUGGUGGAGACCAUUAGCAACCCCGUCACUUUUGUCUGUGAUGCCUCUGGCAUCCCCCCGCCCAGCCUCACCUGGUUGAAGAACGGCCGCCCCAUAGAGAACACAGAAUCCCUGGAGUUGCACAUUCUCUCGGGGGGGGGGAAACUCCAGAUUGCUCGCUCGCAGCUGUCAGACAGUGCUAACUACACGUGCGUGGCAUCCAACGUGGAAGGCAAAGCCCAGAAGAACUACCAUCUCACCAUCCAAGUUCCUCCCAGCAUCGCAGGCUCAGAGCUGCCCAGUGAGGUCAGCGUGCUGCUGAAUGAGAGCAUCCAGCUGAUCUGCCGUGCACAGGGGGCCCCGGUCCCCACCAUUAAGUGGCUGAAGGACGGCAAGCCGUUAAGCACCGCAGGGAUCCAGAGCAUCAGGAUCAGCCCAGAUGGCAGUACCUUGCGCAUCAUCAGAGCACUCCCUGGGGAUAGCGGGAAGUACACCUGUGUUGCAACCAACGCCGCCGGAGAGGAGGACAGGAUAUUCAGUCUCAACGUGUUUGUGCCGCCUGUGAUCCAGGGGAACAGCGACAAAGCCCAGCUGCUGACCACAGUCCUGGACAACUCCAUCAGCAUCGAGUGUGUGGCCACCGGCUCCCCUCCCCCCCAGCUGAACUGGCUGAAAAAUGGCCUCCCCCUUCCUGUCUCCUCCCAGAUCCGCCUGCUGUCUGCUGGACAGAUACUCCGGAUUUCCAGAAGCCAGGUGUCUGACGGAGGCACCUACACCUGUGUGGCCUCCAACCGAGCAGGCGUGGACAGCCGGCAUUACGGCCUGGAGGUGUACGUCCCGCCCAACCUGGACAACGCAGGUGGCAGUGAGGAUGUGACUGUGGUCAGCGGCCAUCAGGUGGUGCUUCUCUGCAUCGCGGAUGGCACGCCCACCCCCUCCCUCUCCUGGCUGAAGGAUGGCACCCACCUGCACCCAGGCCCCCACGUGGCCCUCCUCAACCUGGGCACGACCAUGCAGAUCCAGCAGGCCGACCUGGGUGACACAGGCCGCUACACCUGCGUAGCCACCAAUGAGGCUGGCGAGGCCCGGAAAUACUUCAACCUCAAAGUCCUAGAACCCCCAAGGAUCAAUGGUUCAGGGGUUCCCGUCGAGGUGUCUGUGGUGGUGAACAACGCAUUGGAGCUACAUUGCAUGGCCACAGGCAGCCCCGUUCCCUCCCUCACCUGGAUGAAGGAUGGUCGACCCCUGCUUGAGACCGAUGGUGUCCGUGUCCUGAGAGGGGGGGAGGUGCUGAGGGUGGCCUCAGUCCAGGUGGAGGAUACAGGACGGUACAGCUGUUUGGCCACCAGUCCUGCUGGCGAUGACGACAAAGAGUUCCUGGUGCGAGUCCAUGUUCCUCCAAACAUUGUGGGGGAGAGAAGCCCCCAGGAGGUGUCUGUGCUACAGAACCGACAGGUGACCCUGGAGUGCAAGUCAGAUGCGGUGCCACCCCCAACGCUAACCUGGCUAAAAAGUGGGAAGUCUCUACUGGCCUCUCCACGUGUUCGGAUCCUGUCCAAUGGCCGCUACCUCCAGAUCAACAACGCGGAGCUAAGCGAUGGGGCGCAGUACACUUGCGUCGCCAGCAACAUCGCGGGGAACACAACACGGGAGUUCAACUUGGUGGUGAACGUCCCCCCCACCAUCCAGGAGGGCGCUCUAACCAUGUCUGUCAAGGUUGGCCAGCCUGCGGUGCUGGAGUGUAAUGCCAGCGGAGUACCAACCCCACGCAUUACAUGGAGGAAGCAUGGUGCUGUCUUGGCGGGACAUAAUCCCAGGUACAUGCUUGCGGAUAAUGGGUCACUUCACAUCCACUCGGCUCAGGUGACAGACACAGGGCGGUACUUGUGCAUGGCCACAAACCAGGCAGGAACACAGCGCAAAAGGGUUGACCUGCAGGUUUAUGUACCUCCGAGCAUUGCCCAAGGUCCCACUAACAUCACGGUGACCGUCAACGUCCAGACCACGCUGUCCUGCGAGGCCACGGGAAUCCCUAAACCCACCGUCACUUGGAAGAAGAAUGGCCGGCUACUCAACACUGACCAGAACCAGAAUAUGUACAGGAUACUGUCAUCAGGAUCUCUUGUUGUCAUAGCACCCACUGUAGAGGACACUGCUGUCUAUGAGUGUGUUGUGUCCAAUGAUGCUGGGUUGGAUGAGAGGGUUAUCAGUCUAACCGUGCAAGUACCUCCCUCUAUCGCUGAUGAGGCCACUGAGCUGGUGGUGACUCGGCUGUCCCCAGUGGUCAUCAGCUGCACUGCGUUGGGAGUCCCAGAACCCAUACUGUUCUGGAGCAAGGAUGGGAUCAGGCUCCCAAAACAGGGUGCAGACUUCAGGAUCCUCCCCACAGGCCCAGUAGAGAUCGCUGCCACUGAGCUGGGUCACACUGGCCGAUAUUCCUGCACAGCCAAAAACGCAGCAGGGACCGCUCACAGACAUGUGCAGCUCACUGUUUUGGAUCCUCCAGUGAUACAGGCUCACCCUUCUACCCUGGAUGUCAUUCUCAACAAUCCCAUCACCCUCCCAUGCAGAGCAGUGGGGUCCCCCAGACCCUCCAUCACCUGGCAGAAAGAAGGCAUCAGCAUCCUCACCACAGGUGGUGGUGUCACCAUACUGCCCAAUGGUGACCUGCAGAUUACACGGGCAAAAGUGGAUGAUUCCGGAACAUACAUGUGCGUAGCUCAAAACCCUGCCGGUACUGCACUAGGCAAGACCAAACUGAAAGUGCAAGUCCCUCCCGUUAUUUCCUCUCAGAUAAAGAGUUACGUCGUGGCCUUGGAUGCCUCCAUCACACUUCUAUGCCAGGCAGAGGGACACCCAUCACCGGAAGUCACCUGGCACAAAGAUGGACAACUGGUGACAGAGUCUGUGCGCCAACGGGUCCUCAGUUCUGGGUCACUGCAGAUUGCUUUUGCCCAGCCGAGUGAUACGGGGCGGUACACCUGCACCGCCAUCAAUGUUGCUGGGUCCAGCAGUCUGGAGUUGAGCCUCACUGUCCACCUCCCUCCCUCCAUCCGUAGCAGUGAGUCAGAGGUCUCCGUGGUUGAGAACACGCCGGCCAAGCUGACUUGCCUCGCAGACGGAGUACCCCAGCCUCAAGUCUCUUGGGAGAAAGAAGGCAAGCCCUUCACUGACAACAUUGGGCUGUACACCAUUCUGCCUACAGGAGAGCUUCUUAUUCACAUCACCCAGCCCGAGGAUUCUGGGAGUUACACCUGCACAGCUAUCAACCGCUUGGGUCAGGACAGCAGGACAGUAACCCUUUCUGUCCACACCCACCCAGCCUUCACAGAAUUGCUGGGAGAUAUAUCGCUGAAUAAGGGAGAGCGCCUCCUGCUGAGCUGUGGAGUUACCGGACUUCCCCUUCCCAAGAUUACAUGGGCAUUCAACAACAACAUAAUUCCUGCUCAGUACGACCAUGUGAAUGGGCACAGUGAGCUGGUCAUUGAACGGGUGAGCAAAGACGACGCAGGCACCUACUCCUGCACUGCUGAGAACAGUGUGGGCUCAGUAAAGUCUCUUGGCUUUGUCUCUGUCAAAGAGCCGCCGAUCUUCGAUGGAGAUUUUCACUCCAACCGGAUCGAGCCUCUGGGGGGCAACGCCAUCCUGAACUGUGAGGUGAGGGGAGAUCCACUGCCAACCAUUCAAUGGAGCAAACAGGGCAUCAACAUCCAGAUCAGCAACCGCAUCCGGCAGCUGGACAACGGCUCUCUGGCCAUCUAUGGCACUGUGAAUGAAGACGCAGGAAUCUAUCUGUGUGUCGCUACCAAUGACGCUGGAGUGGUGGAGCGUAGUGUCACGCUGACCCUGCAGAGUCCCCCAACAAUCACAGUGGAGCCAGUUGAGACAGUGGUGGAUGCUGGCACCACAGUGCUGCUCAACUGCCAAGCAGAAGGGGAGCCUACUCCCACCAUAGAGUGGGCCCGGGAAGGGCGCCCCCUGCUGGCAAACGAGCGCGCUACUGUACUGUCCAAUGGCUCCCUGCGCCUGGCGGGAGCACAGCAGGAGGACACUGCUGAGUAUGAGUGCGUGGCCAGGAACUUGAUGGGCUCUGUGCUGGUCAGGGUUCCGCUUACUGUACGGGUGCAUGGGGGCUUCUCAGAGUGGAUGAAUUGGGGUCCCUGCAGUGUCAGCUGUGGGCUGGGCACCCAGAGGAGGCUGCGUCAAUGCAAUAACCCCAUGCCUGCAAAUGGGGGGCGCCACUGUGCCGGACCUGAGACGGACACCCGCCCCUGCCAGGGAAACCCCUGUCCAGUGGACGGGAGCUGGUCAGAAUGGACGGCUUGGGAGGAGUGCUCUCGCACCUGUGGCCAGGGGAACAGGACAAGGGUGCGCACGUGCAGCAGCCCCCCGCAUCAGCAUGGGGGGCGCCCCUGCGAUGGGAGGGCAGUAGAGGCCAUCGUGUGCAGCAUCAGACCCUGCCCUGUGGCUGGUAAUUGGGGCGUCUGGUUGCCCUGGAGCCCAUGCAGUGAAACGUGUGGUGAGGGAGUGCAGACGCGGAUGAGGUUGUGCAACAGCCCGCCCCCCUCGUUCGACGGGCCGAAGUGCGAGGGGCCGGACUUGCAGACGCAGGUGUGCAAGGAGAGGCCCUGCCCAGUCGAUGGGAAGUGGUCAGCCUGGGUCAGCUGGGGACUGUGCAGCGUGUCCUAUGGAGGCGGGACCCGGCAGAGGACGCGCUCCUGUGACAGCCCCACCCCCCAGCACGGAGGACGCCAGUGUGAGGGGAGCGACGUCCACAUUGACUUCUGCAACAGUGAACCAUGUCCUAUUCAUGGUAACUGGGGCCCGUGGAGCAGCUGGGGCAGCUGCAGCCGGACAUGCAAUGGCGGCCAAAUGCGUAGAUAUCGCACCUGCGACAACCCUAGACCCGUGAGCGGGGGCAGAGCCUGCGCCGGGGCAGAUACACAGAUACAGAGGUGUAAUGCUGCAAACUGCCCAGUGGACGGGAACUGGGGCCCAUGGCAGCCAUGGGGGGAGUGCUCAUCGUCAUGUGGCGGAGGGGAGCAAACCCGGCUUCGACUUUGCAACAGCCCCCCUCCCACAAAGGGGGGGAGGUCCUGCCCAGGCGACUCCUCUCAGCUGUCGAGGUGUAACUCCCAGGCCUGCCCAGGUGGACCCCAGCGUGCCAGGGGAAGCAUCAUUGGACACAUAAACGAUAUGGAAUUUGGAAUCUCCAUCAUCAAUGCGACUAUUUCCGAUAGCACAGAACAUGGAGGCAGAGUUGUACAGGCUACCAUUUCUAAUGUGCCAAGGAGUCUUGGGCCUGCAAUGAGGAAGCUCAUCUCCAUCCUAAAUCCCAUCUACUGGACUACUGCAAUGGAGGUAGAUGAAGCUGUCAAUGGAUUCACCCUCACAGGUGGGAUCUUCAGAAGGGAGACUCAGGUGGAGUUUGCCACAGGUGAAAUCCUAAGAAUGACUCACGUCGCCAGAGGACUUGACAAUGAUGGGGCCUUAUUAUUAGACAUUGUACUUAAUGGUCACAUUUUACAACUGCCACCAAAUGCUGAAAUUGAUGUCAAGGACUACACAGAAGAUUACAUCCAAACGGGCCCAGGACAGUUGUACGCACUGUCCACACGCAUGUUCACCAUUGACAGAGUGAGCGUGCCAUACUCCUGGAACCACACUAUUACCUAUGAGUCAUCCAGAGGGAAAAUGCCAUUCCUAGUGGAGACCCUGCGCGCUUCUUCCAUAAAAGCGGAUUACCGACCCCGGGAGGAGAUUCUGGAAUACAAAAUCCAUGCCACCAUUGCGAAAGGUGACCGAAGUAAUCAGUGCCCAGCAGGGUUCCAUCUUGACCCUUCUGGACCAUAUUGUGCAGAUGAUGAUGAGUGCACUGUUGGGAACUCUUGCUCUCAUGGCUGCCUCAACGCUGUGGGAACCUAUUACUGCUCCUGCCCCAGAGGCCUUACCAUAUCUGCCGAUGGGAGAACCUGUCAAGACAUCGAUGAGUGUACUCUAGGAGGACAUCUCUGUCAUGACGGCCAAGACUGUGAGAACACCAUUGGCUCGUAUCGUUGCAUGAUGCGUUGUGGGAGGGGCUUCCGCAGGACUGUUGAUGGACUAAGCUGUCAAGAUAUAAAUGAAUGCCAGGAGUCCAGCCCCUGUCAUCAGCACUGCCUGAACACUGUUGGUAGCUUCCGUUGCGCCUGCGAGCCUGGCUUCCAACUGAGGAACCGCCGGUGCAUUGACAUUAACGAAUGCAGGCAACGGGUUUGCCGCUUGGACCAGCAAUGCAAGAACACCAGGGGUGGCUACACCUGCAUCGAUCUUUGCCCCACCGGCAUGACGAAGGGGGUCAACGGGACAUGCAUUGAUAUCGAUGAAUGCAGAGGUGGAACGCACCAGUGCCGAUACAACCAAAUUUGUGAGAACACCCGUGGGAGCUACCACUGCACCUGCCCCAGAGGGUACCGCUCCCAGGGUGUGGGCCGCCCCUGCCUCGACAUUAAUGAGUGUGAAAGGGUGCCCCCGCCCUGCGCCCACCAGUGUCUCAACAGCCCCGGCAGCUACAAGUGCCUCUGCCCGCCAGGGCGCCACUUGCUGGGCGACGGCAAGUCUUGCGCGGGCCUGGAGAAGCUGCCCACGUACGAGAGCUUGUCCUAUGGCUAUAGAGUAUCCCAGUCCUCCCAGCAGUACCACAGCCUGGCCUCACAAACAUACCACUCCUACUCAAGCAGUAACCACAUUAGAGGGUCCUCUCCGCGCUCUCGCAGGGACACUAGAAGGGCUUGCCCUGAAGGCUUUAACGCAACGCAACACCAAUGCCUAGACAUAAACGAGUGCGAAAGUCAGGACAGAUGCCAGCACGAGUGCGUGAACAUGGCAGGGAGUUACAGGUGCCUGUGUCCUACUGGCUAUCGCCUCAUGACCAAUGGAAAGACCUGCCAAGACAUCGACGAGUGCCAUGAGCAAAGUAUUCAGUGCGGCUCUAACAUGAUGUGCUUUAAUAUGAGAGGAGGCUAUCAGUGCAUUGACACACCCUGUCCACCCAACUACCAGAGGGAUGCUGCCACUGGGUUCUGCCUGAAGAACUGCCCUCUCAAUGACCUGGAGUGCGCUCUCAGUCCCUACGCACUGGACUACAAGCUGCUCUCGCUGCCUUUCGGAAUCGCCGCCAACCAGGACCUGAUACGUCUGGUGGCCUACACUCAGGAUGGCGUGGUCCACCCCCGCACCUCCUUCCUGGUGGUGGAUGAGGACGCCACAUUACCCUUCGCCAUCCGGGAUGAGAACUUGAAGGGGGUGCUGUACACCACACGGCCACUGCGUGAACCCCACACCUACAGGAUGAAGGUGCGGGCACUGUCAUAUGGCACAGAUAGGGGCAUAGAGUACCAGACUACUUUCAUUGUGUACAUCGCUGUCUCCGCCUAUCCGUACUAGAGCACUUUAGGGCAAAGAUGUACCUGUGUAUAUGCUGUGGUGUGCCAGUCACACUGCUUAAAAAGACUUUGGCAAGACGCCUUGCAGCAAGGUGGACUGCAAGCCCAAGAGCAUCGUAAGAGACUGAACGCUGCCCCCUGGUGUUAUGUGGAGUUCAAACAUCAUCCAAGAAAAAUUUCCCCUUGUUCAAUCCCACCUAGUUUUAUUAAAAAAAAAAAAAAAGUGAUUGAAAUGACCACUAAAGGGAUGGAUGUGGUGAUGUUCAGAUGAGUUACAAACUUUUGGACCCUUCUUAUAUGAAAUUGUACUCAACACAUUCUAAUAUUGAGUAAGAAUCUAGCACUGACAUUAAUGCCAAAUGCUGAAGAAUCUGUUCACACUUUGUCAAACUUUGAGUAAAUUCAAAACUUUAUGGAUUACAAAACACAUACAAACACCAGGCUCACUGCUAGUUAAUAAAGGAGCACACCCCCUCAAAAACUGGAACAGCGUCGCUCUCUUCAAGGCCACCAGUAGAAAUUUAGAAGUUUAAUCACUAGAGGCCACUAAAGACAAAGUAUUCACCAUGAUCAAGUGGUCAGUGGUCCAUCCCAUGGCAUAUGGGAGCCAUAUUACAGAUGUUCCUUAACAAGAAGAGACUCUUGCUCCUAUAGCAGUAGGUCAUUAAACUCAUUACAUGGUCCCCUUUACCCAAGAUACCAAGAUGUAUUCAAUUUUUAUGAUUUGUAUAUACAAUUGGCAAUCUUUUUCUGCAACUUGUUCCUACACAGUACUGUAAUUUUUUUAAAUAAAAGUAAAAAUAUUCUUCACUUGUGAAAAACAGAUGACAUAAAAAUGUAUAUAUGUCUCUAUAAAUAUGCAAAAAUGUAGGGGUGUGUGUGUCCAUAUGUAGGUAUUCUGAACACAAAGUGUUAUAAGUUAGGACUUAGAGCACAUUAUACAAUAACUUUAACACUCAUUGACAUAUUUCUGCAAGAAUGAAAGACUUUGUUAAAUGAUCGGCGAAUCAAAGACAAUUCUGCAAUGUAUGUGUGUUUAUUUUAUCACAAAAGCACAAACAUAAAGCAGGCGAUAAGGCAUUUUGUACACCAGUUCUGUAGUAAACUUGUACCUAAUUGAUCAGGAAAAUACUACAAUUGACUACAAUAAAACAAUUAUUUGAUCAAAGGCUUAAAAAAGGCUGAACCCCUAUAUAUCAACUGGUGAAACACCAAUGAAACUUUGGGUUUCUUUCAACACGUAAUACGGAUCUCGAAGCGACAGCCGAAUACCAAAGGGUAGAGUUUCAUAUAGGGUGAUGACUGACUCUUAGUAGAAAAAACAAGAUAGACUGCUGACGUGAUUUUAAAAUGUAUAAAUUUCCACCUUGUAAAGCGACCAUCCUUCUGCUCAUUUCCUCGGUUGAUGCAGAAUGACCUCACUUAAUGUACCAGUUUUUUUUCUGAAAUUCUCCCUUUAAAUAAAAAAAUACAUUUCUGAA